AAAGGGAUUUUGUAGAGGAGAUCUCAAAGACAUAAACCUCAAUGAGUCCAAGGAAGUCACCUUGUUACUUACAAUCCCCCCAAAAAACUCCUACUCUUGCGGCUUUCGUUAGUUCCCAGUUGUUGGCCUAUCUAUUCCUCCAAUGCACCAACCUAAUCACCCACCAUUAACACAUACUACACAACCACAGAAGAGAGAGAGAGAGAGAGAGGCAAAAUUACUUGAAAAGAGGAGGAAGCAUGAAAAGCCUUGCAGGGCUCUCUUAAACGCCUUGAAACGCACACCACACCACCACCCAUUUCAUUUGACGCCUCUGUCCUAACUCCUCCCUGGAAGAGGCAACAGGAAGAAGAACGCCAAUGGCCUCAGCAAGGAAGAUCUUGAGAAGAUCGAUCCACACUUUCCUUCAAAACUACCACUACUUCACCUCUACAUCUGCACUGCUUGCCCUGCCCUUCUCGGUCUCCAUCCUCCUCUCGCAAGCCCUCGUUCCCGCCUCGUCGCCUCUCGCCCUGACGAUACACUCCCGCCUCCGAGCCCUCUUCGACGCGGCUGGAUUCCCGCCUUCCUCUGAAUUCUUUGCCCUGCUUAACUUCAAGCUCUCGCAAACACUGUCCUCUUCGUUCCUCGCCCUCCCUUUCGCCCUCUCCUUCCUCCUCAUCGCCAAGUCCUCCGUGAUUCGGUCCCUCGCCGGCACGACGCCAUCCGUCCCGUCCUCGCUCUCGUCAUUCCUAUCGAUUUACAAGCCGCUCCUCGCCACUUACGUCUGCAACUGUCUCGUGAUCCUCUCCGCCAACUCGACCGCCUUCUUCCUCCUCUUCUUCUCGUUCAACUGCCUCGGCGGAGCUCAGCCCGGUUCCUCGAAUUACACCCUCCUGCUCUCGGCAGCCGGCGCGGUCCUCUACUCCAUCAUCUUAGCGCAUGCUCUGGUGAUAUGCAACUUGGCACUGGUCUUAUCAGGUAUGGAGAGAACUGGCGGAUUCGUUGCGAUUCUAAAGGCGUGCGCCUUGAUCAGGGGAUCGACUUCAACUUCUCUUUCCCUGGCAGUGCCUGUGAAUUUGGCCCUGGCCGGCACGGAAGCAUUGUUUCAAUUCCGGGUCAUGAGGGCUUACGGCGUGAAGAACGGGCCAAUAUUUCCAGUGGCCAUGGAGGGGUGGUUCAUUGCCUAUUUAUAUUCGAUACUCAUCGUUCUCGACACAGUCCUCACCUGCAUUUUCUUCAAAAGCUGCAAGAAGAGUUCCAUCAUCCCACGCAGCGAAGAUCAAUGCUACUUCCGGAUUAAAAUCGGAGACUUCGACAACGGCGACAUCAAAACUCCCGAGAACCUGAAGAGUUCAGAGUCAGGACAGUUGCUGAAGUCGGAGUUUUGAGGGGCCAGAGAGGGAAUUUCCUUCUUGCUUGUACAUUUCCGCCGACACGCGAUAUACGUAAAUCAGAAGAAUAAACAUAUAGGGCCUGAGAGACAUGCUUUUUUUUUUUUUUUGUUGCUAGAAGAGAGAAAUCAGGCAAACAGUCAGGAUCAUCAAGACAUGAAAAGAUCCAACUUGUACCCUGCAUAGGAAGCCUAGGGCUUAAACCAGAGAGAUCUACAUGUGGAGGAGCCACCAGAAGCAGAGAUUCUUUAGCUACAUUUCACGUUGUUUCGCCUAUGUCUGACAUGGCUAUUACCUUGGAGAAAUAGGGUUGCUACUUCUCAGGAAUGUGUCUUGGACGUUUGGUCUUGCUGGGUUUGUAAUUGAGUGAACACCAAGCAGCACUUUGAUUAACAAUUGACCAAAAUCAUAAAUGCACAAAGAAUUCAGUUUUUUCUUU